CCACUGGUCCAAGCGAUUUUCAGUGGCGAUCCAGAAGAGAUACGGAUGUUGAUCUACAAAACUGAGGAUGUCAACGCCUUGGAUGCUGAGAAACGAACUCCUCUUCACGUUGCGUCAUUCCUGGGGGAUGCAGACAUCAUUGAGCUUCUCAUUUUGUCAGGCGCUCGUGUUAAUGCCAAGGACAAUAUGUGGCUGACUCCUCUCCAUCGAGCAGUUGCUUCAAGAAGUGGAGAAGCAGUGCAAGUAUUGAUUAAGCACUCGGCCGAUGUCAAUGCUCGGGACAAGAACUGGCAGACACCGUUGCAUGUGGCGGCUGCAAACAAGGCGGUGAAGUGUGCGGAAGUCAUCAUCCCCAUGCUGAGCAGUGUCAACGUCUCUGACCGAGGCGGGCGGACGGCAUUGCACCAUGCAGCUCUGAAUGGCCACAUUGAGAUGGUGAACUUGCUCUUAGCCAAGGGGGCAAACAUCAAUGCUUUUGACAAAAAGGACAGAAGAGCUCUUCACUGGGCAGCGUACAUGGGUCACCUGGAAGUUGUUGCCUUACUGAUUAAUCAUGGUGCAGAAGUGACUUGUAAAGACAAGAAGGGAUACACCCCACUUCACGCAGCUGCAUCCAAUGGGCAGAUUAACAUUGUGAAACACCUCCUUAACCUGGGGGUAGAGAUUGAUGAAAUGAACAUCUAUGGAAAUACUGCACUUCACAUUGCCUGUUACAAUGGUCAGGAUUCUGUUGUCAAUGAGCUGAUUGACUAUGGUGCUAAUGUAAAUCAGCCUAAUAAUAAUGGAUUCACUCCCUUGCAUUUUGCUGCUGCCUCCACUCAUGGAGCACUGUGUCUUGAACUACUAGUGAAUAAUGGGGCAGAUGUUAACAUUCAGAGUAAGGAUGGGAAGAGCCCGCUGCACAUGACAGCUGUCCAUGGGAGGUUCACGCGGUCGCAGACCCUCAUUCAGAAUGGAGGGGAAAUCGACUGUGUUGAUAAGGACGGUAACACCCCUCUGCACGUGGCUGCAAGAUACGGACAUGAGCUUUUGAUUAACACCCUCAUAACCAGCGGAGCUGAUACUGCCAAGUGUGGGAUCCACAACAUGUUCCCUUUACACUUAGCAGCGCUGAACGCUCACUCAGACUGCUGCAGGAAAUUGUUGUCAUCGGGCUUUGAAAUAGACACCCCUGAUAGUUUUGGAAGAACGUGCCUCCACGCUGCCGCUGCAGGAGGUAAUGUUGAAUGUAUAAAACUCUUGCAAAGCAGUGGAGCAGAUUUUAAUAAGAAGGACAAAUGUGGGAGGACACCGUUGCACUAUGCAGCUGCAAAUUGUCAUUUCCACUGUAUUGAGACACUGGUGACAACAGGAGCCAAUAUUAAUGAAACAGAUGACUGGGGACGCACCCCUUUGCACUAUGCUGCUGCUUCUGACAUGGACCAAAAGUGUCUAGAGUUCCUUCUACAAAAUGAUGCCAAUCCAUCCAUCCAAGACAAAGAGGGGUACAACACUGUGCAUUAUGCUGCUGCAUAUGGGCACCGACAGUGUUUGGAACUGAUUGGAAGCAAAACUCCAUUGGAUAUACUUCUGGAAAAAACCAACAAUAUGUUUGAGGAGUCUGAUUCUGCAGCUACGAAAAGUCCUUUGCAUUUAGCUGCCUAUAAUGGUCAUCAUCAAGCCUUGGAGGUACUUCUCCAGUCUCUGGUAGACCUGGAUAUUAAGGACGAGAAGGGACGCACCGCUUUGGACCUGGCUGCGUUUAAAGGACAUGCAGAGUGUGUGGAAGCUCUCAUCAGCCAGGGUGCUUCUGUCACUGUAAAAGACAAUGUCACCAAAAGGACCCCCCUCCACGCCUCAGUCAUUAAUGGCCAUACACCUUGUUUACGGUUGUUGCUAGAAGUUGCAGACAACCCUGACGUGACAGACGCCAAAGGACAAACCCCACUAAUGCUUGCCGUGGCAUAUGGGCACAUUGAUGCUGUUUCUUUGUUACUUGAAAAAGACGCAUCUGUAGAUGCAGCUGAUCUCCUGGGAUGCACAGCUUUACAUCGAGGGAUUAUGACUGGGCAUGAAGAGUGUGUUCAGAUGCUGUUAGAGAAAGAAGUAUCUAUUUUAUGUAAAGACGCCAGAGGCAGAACGCCUCUGCACUUUGCAGCAGCUCGGGGUCAUGCCACUUGGCUGAGUGAAUUACUGCAGAUAGCACUUUCAGAGGAAGACUGCAGUUUGAAAGAUAAUCAAGGUUAUACACCGCUGCACUGGGCUUGUUACAACGGUCAUGAAAACUGCAUAGAGGUACUAUUGGAACAAAAAUCUUUCCGCACAUUCUGUGGUAAUAGCUUCUCUCCAUUGCACUGUGCCGUAAUCAAUGAUCACGAAAACUGUGCAUCACUGCUCAUUGGAGCUAUCGAUGCCAGCAUUGUCAAUUGCAAAGAUGACAAAGGAAGAAAGCCCCUUCACGCAGCAGCCUUCGCGGAUCACGUGGAGUGCCUCCAGCUCCUCCUGAGUCACAGCGCACAAGUGAAUGCUGCGGAUCACGCAGGGAAAACACCUCUCAUGAUGGCAGCUCAAAACGGUCACGUAGGUGCGGUAGACUUUUUGGUGAACAUUGCCAAGGCUGACCUGACAUUAAAAGAUAAGGAGUUGAAUACAUCCUUGCACUUGGCUAGCAGUAAAGGUCAUGAAAAAUGUGCCUUGUUAAUACUUGACGAGAUACAAGAACAGAGCCUUAUUAAUGCAAAAAAUAAUGCAUUGCAGACACCUCUCCAUAUUGCUGCACGAAACGGCUUAAAGAUGGUGGUUGAAGAGUUGCUAGCCAAAGGGGCAUGUGUCCUAGCAGUAGAUGAAAAUGGUCAUACGCCAGCCCUGGCUUGCGCUCCUAACAAAGACGUGGCUGACUGCCUGGCACUCAUUUUGGCUACCAUGAUGCCUUUUUCUCCUUCCAGUUCAAUGACGGCUUUCAACUUCGUUUGUUUUAAAAAAGACAAUUUGGGCAGGACACAUCUCUGCGAUGGCUCCAGUAUGGGUAGCAUUAACUCUUACAAUAAGGCCUUGAGUAAUAACGUAGGAACAGAGGAUGGGUAUAAUGACAAUGAUUCGGAUUCUGAAACGUUUUGA